UUAUCAGUUAAACCGUCACGUUGUAGAAGAUAUGAAGGGUAUGAAAAGCAUAUUAUAUAUUUGAUAAUGAAAAGAAAAAAGAAAAGAAAAAGAAAAAAGGAAAAAAAAUCAGAGGAGAAGAUUGAUGGUCAGUGAGCCGCCGAUGCGCAAAUGGGCUGCCCGCGAGAAGAACGACGGCGCUACAUCCAACAAAAGGAGAGAAAUUUUGAGCUGCCAUCCAACGACAUUCAAUGCCACACUCUUCUUUUUUGUCCUGCCAAUAGUUACAGUUCAUUGCUUGUUCAUCUGAUCCCAUGUUCGAUCUGUAGGAGAAAAUUCCUUCAAGGAAAUACUUGAGAGUUCUCAAAGAACUUGACCUUUUGAAUUUAUGAGGAUAUAGAGUGGGAUUUCUGCAAAAUAUCUGGAAAUAUUGGUCAUGGAUAUUUCAGCAUGUGAUACAAACGAAGGGUUGGAGCAUAAAAUGAAAAAGAGAAAGCAAGAACAGUUUGAUGAUGCUUCUGAAGGAAACAAUACGGGUAGUGUUUGUUCUGGUUUUGAAUUUGCAUCUUCAAUGGAUAAAAUUCUGUUUGAAAAAGAUCCUUCUCCAGAUGCCACGUUAGUUAUGUGCUCGAAGUUGGAGUCUGAAACAGGAAAAAAUCUUCCAGAGAUAUGUAAUCUAAAAGGGAAUGUUCAUGAAAAGGAGCAUAAUGAUGAUGAAAAAUUGUCAAAGGAUACGGAUACAGAGAAUGAAAAUAUUAAUGGUUCUUAUAAUCUUAUCCUGAAUGCAGCAGAAGUAAAACAAAAUGUUGCUGGAUAUAGUGUUGAAAUGGAAGAGCCAAGUUCUAUGAAUGCUUACAAAGAAGACUCUGGGAUCUCUGAAGAUCCAGGUGGUUUGAGAGGUCAUGAGGUAUCUGAUCAAGGAAACAUUGACACUGUCGCCCAAGAACUGAGCAAGGAGAUGAUAGAUGUGAAGAAGGAUGUUCAUUCUAGAGAAAAACUCUCUGACCCUGAUUAUCCUUUGCCAUGUAAUGAGCUGGAAUACGAUGGGGAUGGUUCUUUGAAAAGUUUAGAUGUAGAACAAAUAAAUGACACAUUUGGUAAUAAUGCUUCAGAAAAGAUCGUGGAAGGCCCUGUGGAGGAAGCUUCUGUUUGCUGUUCAUUUGGUGAGCAUGAUGAUGAAGCUUCAACGAUCAAGGAACUGAUUAUGUCAACUCCUUCCUGUGUGCCUCCAGGACUGGAAAAUGCUGAAACUGCCAAGGAAGAAGUUGUAUGUUUCACUGAUUCUGGUGAGACAAGCAGUGUUGUUAAUGCUAUGGCUGAAGAGGAAACUCCACCGCUGGUUUUGGAUACUUCAGAGAAAGGAGAUUCAAUUGGAUCUACAACGAAGAAGCUUCUUGUUCUUGAUGUAAAUGGACUGCUUGCAGAUUUUAUUUGUUACGUUCCACCUGGAUAUAAGCCAGACAUUAUAAUAAGACAAAAAGCAGUGUUCAAGAGGCCAUUUUGUGAUGAUUUUAUUAAGUUUUGUUUUGAAAGAUUCGAGGUGGGUGUUUGGUCGUCAAGAACUCGGAGAAAUGUGGACAUGGUGAUAGAUUUUCUAAUGAGAGACUAUAGAGAAAAAUUACUAUUUUGCUGGGAUCAAUCACACUGUACUGACACCACGUUCUCUACCGUAGAGAACAAGCACAAGCCUUUAGUCUUAAAGGAAAUAAAAAAACUGUGGAAAUACCUCAAGCCACGAGAGUUCAAUGCAUCAAACACCCUACUGUUGGAUGAUUCCCCACACAAGGCAUUGUGCAAUCCGGCAAACACUGCAAUAUUUCCUGUAACAUAUCGGUUUAGGGAUACUGACGAUACGUCUUUAGGACCGGGAGGCGAUCUUCGGGUUUUUCUGGAAGGUUUAUCCAUGGCAGAAAACGUUCAAAAAUACGUUGAGCAGAAUCGGUUUGGCCAACGUCCCAUUACAGAAAAGAACGCGUCUUGGAAGUUUUAUAGACGGAUCAUAUAUUUUGUUGAGCGAAAAAAUGAUCAGGAGAAUAACAAUUCUUUCCAAUGGAACUGAAAAGGUAAACUUGAGAGGCAUUUUCAUGCAUCUUUUUGGUAUAUCUUCUUGUAUGAAUGGAAACAGUGUUACAUGUUAGUUUGGCCCCUGAUGUUGAAAGGAUUUUUAUGCAUUAAAGGAUCAAUUUCUAACCUCAGUUUUUCUUGAUCUAUAAUCUUCUUUGGUUAAACAAACAUGAACGAAUGAAAAAUGUUAUAUGCUCUGUUUUUUUCACUUCUA